GCGCUUAACUGUCCUUGUCAGUUUUUUGGUCUUUGGUUCGUUUUUUAAAUUUUGUAAAACAUGCCUCCAAAGAAACAGCGAAUUGUGGUUUUGCCCGGACAAAAAACAUUACUUUCUUUUGUUGGUCGGGAUAAAAACAAUAAUUCAGAAAAUGUCGAGGAAAUGCCCCAAACGUCCAACACAAAUACGGACAUUCCGGAUGAAAAUAUGGCGGUCGAUGAAGACCCAAAGGAACUUGAACAUGACAAACGCGACGGUCCCGGUGAAGGUAUUGUAAAUAAAGAUCCCCGCAAAUAUCGCCCGGUUUGGGAAAAGUUAUGGCCGUGGCUUUUGUAUGAUGGCACGAAAAUGUAUUGCAAAUCUUGUCAAAAGGCUGGCAAGAAAAAUUCCCUUGCAUUAGGCUGUACAACAUUCAAAACAAGUACAAUGUCUAGACAUCAAGAGACACCUGACCACAAACAGGCAAUAUCUGUUCCAGUACAUCAGCAAGAAUUUACUAAAUCAUGUAACAAACUUAACAGUGCUGAGGAUGAAGCUGUUAUUCUUGCAAUGAUGGCAGUUUAUUGGUUAGCUUCAGAAGAUUUGCCUCUUAAUAAAUAUGAAUCAAUGAUUAAUUUUUUGAAAAAAAUAGGGGUCACCAAACUUGAAAACUUAAAAGUCAAUGAAAGAACUAAUUAUGAAAGUUAUUAUUCGGCUACAGAAAUUCUUGAUGUCAUUGAUUCAGAAAUUGAAUCUGAAAUUGAUGAAAAAAUUUCCAAAUCGCCUUAUGUUACUAUUCUAGCAGAUGAAAGCACUGACAUUUCUAACCGUAAAAAAAUUACCAUUAAUGCAAGGAUUAUUAACCCAGAAACAUCAAUUCCUGAAACUGUAUUCCUACGGGAUAAAUCGUACGCUGAUGGAACUGGCGAAGGUUUGACAUCAGUUAUUAUAGAGGAAAUGGCAAAACACAAGAUUACAAAUGACAAACUAAUAGGGUUUGGCUCUGAUGGAGCAACUGUCAUGUCAGGGUCUGAUAAAGGUGUUAAAGGGCGAUUGAUGGAAUUAAACCCACACAUGGUACAUAUUCACUGUAUGGCUCAUAGGUUAGCCCUUUGUACAAGCCAAGCAGCAGAAGGUGUUCCAUUGAUGAAACAUUAUCAGGAAUGGCUGACUUCUGUAUUUUAUUAUUUCAAAGCAUCCCCGACAAGAGAAGGCGAAUUACAUGAAGUUCAGUCUGUACUAAAUUUACCAAUAUUAAAAUGCAAAGAGAUACAUGCUGUCAGAUGGUUAUCCUGUUUUGAGGCUGUGCAGGCGGUUUAUCGUAGUCUUGAUGCUCUCAUUUCAUACUUCCAUAAAAGGCAAGCAUCAAAGGACCCAAAGGCAAAGGGCUUAUUAAAAAAAAUGGCAACAACUAGUUUUAUAUAUAUCACUUAUAUGCUGAUGGAUGUACUACCAAUAGUGUCGAAGUUAUGCUUAACCUUACAAAAGCAAGACCUUGAUGUUGCUGUUGCAAAGGUACGUACCACAAAGUAAUUAUUGUUUUUACCAAAUAUUAUUUCCGGAUGAUGGCCAUCAUGGACCAUCUGAAUAAAUUUUAUUUUGAUAUGAUAUCAUUAAAGAAAAGUCACCAAAUCAUAAGGAAAAGACAAAAGAGUCUUGACAAAAUUAUGGGUCGGUACAAGAAAAAAAAAAGUAAGAACUUCACACUAUGACUAAAUAAUACAGAAAAAUGAAUAAAAUAAUGGAUAUGAGUUACUAACUACUACAUCUACGGUCAUUUGGUCUCUGUUGUGACAAUCUUAUUGGCAAUCAUACCACAUCUCCUUAUUUCUUUACUUAAUUGUAGUACUCUUUCUUAAGAGUUAUGUCCCAUUGUUGCAUACCUUUAACAAACAAACUUAUGCUUAAAAUGUCUUCUGCUGAUUCUAGGUGUGUCUUGACAGAUGCAAGAAUGAUCUUUUGAAGUACAAGGAAAAUACCCAGAUUUUUCCAACUCAUUUGGAGAAGUUUGAUACUGAUGUACAGUUGACUGAUGGCCAUCAAGAAUUCAAAGGACACAUUCUUUUUAAAUCCAACACAAAUUUCAAUGCAUUAAAGAGUUCGUUUGUGAACAAACUCUUGGACAAUAUAACUAAACGGUUUCCGCAGCAAAGUCUUAUGAAUAAUUUCUUUGUUCUGGCAAUGAGAAGUAUCAAUAUGGAAGAUGAUCCUGACAAGUUCGGAGUAACAGAAGUUGGUGAACUCCUAGACCAUUUUGGGGAAGAGAAGGUACACAAAGGAAAAGUCUCUGUCCCCAUAUUUGAUAGAGAUAUUGUAUUGAAAGAAUGGAGGGAAGCAAAGAUAAUCGUAAAAUCACUUAAAUAUCCAGUAGACAGAAUGAAGCAUCUGUGGCAACUUCUGACUGAACAUCACAAAGAAGAUCUACCCAAUAUCAUUAAGCUGGCACAAAUAUCCCUUAUCAUUCCUCUACACACUGCUGACUGUGAGAGGACAUUUUCUAUUCAAAACCAAAUAUUGACCCCAAAAAGGAACCGUCUUAACCAUGAACAGUGUGACAAACUUAUAAGAAUCAAAAUUCAUGGCAAGGGUUUGGCACAACACAACUUUAAAUCUUCUCUUGAAAGGUGGCAAAAGAAGAAGAAUAGACUCUUGAAAUCAAGAUCAAAAUAUUCUAGUUAAACUUAAUGUCUAGAUCAGCUAAUUUUAGGCUGCCAUUGACAUUGUUAAAUGUUCUAGUCACUCAGUUUAACUUUAUUGUUUUUGCCCAGUAUAAAAUAAUUUAAAACAGAGAAAGAGUUAUGAUUUUUAUCUUUUAUUUUGUUACUUCUAUCAUGUCUA